AGACAUUUUUGUUUUUAUUUUUCCGUAGUUCCAAGUGAAGGUCCUAUGGCAAAGGAACUUAAAAUGAAGAGCAUUCACGCAGCGACAGUUAUGUUUGAAGCUGAGCAUAAGGAAUGCGUUCGUGUGUUGCCAUAUACAAAGGAUGGUCAGAUGCUGGUUCAUUUUUAUGUCUAUAAUGACGAGUAUAAAAUACCAAAAGAUUUAAAAGAAGAAGCCCAGAAGUACUUUAAUAGCAUGAAUGUGGAGCUGGAAUGGUCAGAUCUUUAUAACAACAGUGUCAACGUCCUGAAGGUUCAACACCUCGAGUAUUCAUUAAGCAAACCCAAAACACUGACGGCGUCUCAGGUUGAGGAAAUGAAUAACGUGAUUGAAAGGAACCUUUCUGUACUCCUUAAGCAUCGCAAUGUUACCUCUGUCCAGGCCUCUUUCAAAAUCAAAAAUUCUAAACAAACGGAUGAGCCCUGUAUUACGAUUUAUGUGCUCGGAAAAGGCUUUAUUCCAUUUGGCGAGUCUGUAUUUCCAACUGCCUUUGAGGGUUACCCCGUGGAUGUUAUGAAUGGAUUCUGGAUGAGAGCAGGGAGAUAUGUUAGAUGCCCAGAAGCGGCACAAGAGCAAAGCGAUGUACUUUGUUUCGGAGCGAGCAUUGGUGUACAGGGAAAGGAAAUACAGGGGACACUAGGUGCCAUUGUUAAAAACGGUAGCACGUUUUAUGCACUCUCCUGUGAUCAUGUAAUGAACUCGGAGGAGUCAAGGCGUAUUAUUCAUCCUGGACUCCUUGACCAUCUAAACUGUCUGAAAUAUUACUUAGGACAGUAUAAAUGUGCGGUAAAUGAUAUAACUGGCUUGGAAACCCAGUGGUCUGUUGAAACCCUUACAUCGAAUGAGGAACUGUUAAGUAAAUUUGAAGAGCUUAAGUCCAUAAAAGAAAAUCACCGCGGAGGUUACGCCAACAGGUACAACAGGAAGAUAAUUGAAAAGACUGAGGGAAUUUUUGAAGGAAGGGUGGAGCCAAGGGUGAUUGGAGAGUACAUAGAUGGUGUGAGUGGCAAUGUAAAAUGGACUGAUGGUAAGGAAUACUAUGUCGAUGCUGCCAUUGCAGUGUUGUUUACGGAGGAAGUAGAAAGUUUAAAAGAAAGUCGGUGGGCUAGAAUGUUUGGAACACACAUCAAGCCGGGCAGUGAAUGCAGUUCCGCAAACCAUCAAGCCUUAUUAAGCGCCCAUAAACUUUGUAAGAGUGGGCGAACAACGGGAUAUACCGAGAUAAACAGCGAACUCUUUGGAUCUAUCGAGGCGCCGUUUUAUCUGAAACCUCCAUUGCAUGAGCUACAAACUCCAUUCCUCGCUUGUUUAUCGAGAAAAUACUCUUGUAAAAAUUGUAGUGGAAGUCAAGAGGAUCUUGUUGUUGAAGAACCCCGUCGCUGUAAAGAGUGCGAUCAGAUCGAAGCCAGGCUGUGCGAGAAGCUUUGGUUUAAAAGGUAAUACGGAUAAUGACGAUGAUGAUGAUGAUGAUGAUGAUGACGACGAUGAUGAUAGUAAUAAUAAUAUUAAUAAUAUUGUUUUAUUAUUCAUUUGAAAUAAUUUUUAGUUUACCUCCAUCGAUGUAGAGUUCAUCUUCAAAUGCCUGUUUAUCGACAAGUUAGGAGAUAAAGGGUUUUUCAGUACUGCAAAUAUUCUGCAAACAGCGGAUGUCGUCCGUCGAGUUGUCUUCUUGCUGUUCUUGUUAUGCUAUUAUGUAGCCAAUAGUUCGCCUAUUUCCUGCUUGUGAAACGAGUAAAGCUGAAACAAUUCAACCCCGUCCUCAGGUCGUCUCCGUUAAUUAGUCUCGCUUGCGUAAGCAGCGACACUCAUAAUCUGCAAGCCGUUGUUUUUUCUUCAUCUCUUUGUAGUACACAAACCGACGGUUGUGGUCCCAGGCGUUCCUCUGGCGGAGAACGUGGAAACUGUGAACAAGGAUCGUUGCGUGACCGAAGCCAUGCAUGUUUUGCGAAGAAAGCUUAGGUUUAGAGAUUUUUCAGAACGGGUCUGUCUACGAAUUCUAUCGCUUGAAGCGUUGAUUACUUUGAAACAAGUGAACACUUCGGUAGUCGAAAACAAAACUGGUUUAAUUAAUUAAUAAUAAUAAUAAUAAUAAUAAUAAUAAUAAUAAUAAUAACAAUAAUAACAUAAUAAUAAUAAUUUUCAACCGCUUACAUUGUUUAUUCCACUUCGAAGAUCAUGUUCACUUGUACAUUAAUUAAGAAUUUAUAUCACGCAGUUUUCAUUGAGUGGUGAUCAACUGCGCAUUACCUAUUAGAUUUGUAGAAUAAAAAAACUGACUAAAUAAUACCCGUACGAAACCUGCGUCCCUCGUGCAGCGCUGCAACAGCGACUUAUAGUCGUUGCAAUUCUGCAUGACAACUGCACUGCAAGCGCUGCCGGAGUUUCGAAAAAUGACUGCGUGAAAGACGUGAACGCUGCCGGAGUAAUGACAGAUGACUGUGUGAAUCAUGCAUAAGCUGCGCACGCUUUUGGGACGGUCGAUUACGUAGUGAUUAUGCAACGAAAGAAAAUAUUGGCUGUAAAAACUAAUUGCGGCUUGAGAAAUCGGACUCGGUUUGAGACCAUAGGAGAAGUUGUCAUGGUUUUACAGUGGUAUUAUCUUAAAACUAGACUAGCCAGCGAGUAACAGAUUACAACAAGGCAAGCACAACACACAUGUUACAGGUCGCAAAUGAAGGUCACUGCUCUUUUAAGAAAUAACUGAGAUAAGCAGUUUCCUACUAGUGUUGUUUAUUUACCUUAGCAAGUUGACCUAUAAUCAAACCUGCACUUGUGACCUGUGAUCUGUGAUCUGCGUUUUGUACCUCGCUGCCGGAUCAUAACACGACAAUACUUAAGCUUAUACUACUACAUGAGAAAUUUCUGCAAUCUGAUUGGCUUAGAGCAGUGGUAUUUCAGCUUAAUUUGAAAUACGUACGUGUGAAAAUUACAAACCUUUUGCGGGUAGUAGUAUAAACAAAUAAUAGCAUGAUUUGUACGUGAUAUUUGGCAUAAAUACCACUCGUGAUAUUUCAAAAUUGUCUCAAUUACGUAUAACAAUUUCGAAACAUCACUUGCGGUAUUUAUGCCAAACAUCACUACAAAUCAUGCUAUUACCUAGGCUCGAUUACCAGCCGCUGUUCGGGAAAAUGAGCCCGGACCCGGGAGACGGCGGAAAUCGAGCCUAGCUAUUACCUACACGAAUACAAACUACAAAUUUCCCUUUUACUCUACAUUUUCUAAAAGGUGCUUAAGCAUCCGACAACAAGGAGCAACGCCAUUCGCAAACUUUGAAGAUUCUGGAUCGGUGAUCUUCGAAAAGACAGAUGAAAACCAGCACUUAGGACUUGGCCUUGUUUUUGGUAUACUAGAGAAUCAAUAUCAUCGCUAUACUAUGGCAGCACCUUUACAAAUUGUUCUAGAAGCUUUAAACGACAAACUCCCAGAUGGCAGCCGUUUGGAACUAGUUUCAAAUUACACUGAGUGAGGCUCUAUUUUGAGUGCCAUGCGUUCAGUGAUUGUUAAUCUAAUUCAAAGGACAGAGGAAAAUGGAAAUAAGUUCAAGAGAGCAAGAUCUAAGAUGAUCUAACACAUGUGGAUCCAUUUAGGGACCAUUCAUUGCUUAUCAGGUAGGGGGCACUUUUGGGAUUUAAGGGGGGGGGGGGGAUCAUGCCAAUAAAAGGCUUUUUGACGGUAUCUGUAAUCAUGCAAAAAGUCUACCAAAAUGCCAAAACCCAGCGUUUCUGACGUUCAUAAACAAAUUCAGAUUUCCCCUGGGUUCCCCCUACCUUACUGCGUACCAAAAAUCAAUUUUACAUUUUAUGUACUCAACGAAGUGCAAAAAACUUUCCAAAUCGACAGUCUGCUCUUUCUCUCCCUCUCUGUGUUUUUUUUUUUGGGGGGGGGAGGGGUCGUCUCAAAUAUUUUAGGCUACAAAGGGGGUGGGAGCACCCGACAAAUUUCUGAUUAAGAGAGAGUCAUCAUAGAGAGCUACCCAUCAAAUCCCACCAGCCUCCCCUUCCCCAUAAAUGAACGGUCCCUUAGAACUUGUUGUUGUUGCUUGUAUUACGGUACUAAAAAAAAUGCUGUGGUGUUAACCUAUGGAGGGAAUUUGUUUGUGCAGGGUGAAGAAAAGGCUGAAAUUUCCUUUGCAAAGGGUUGUCGUGAUCGAACUUGAUGCUGUAAAUAUAAUCCUUGGAGCUCGAUAGGAUAGGGAUAUUCUUUUCCUUAAGUUAAAUACCGUAUUUAUUCGAAUAAGCGCCAAACCUCGAAUUACCGUCUACCUCGAAUAAGUGCCCAUCCUAAAUGCAGUAAAAGUUAUUAAGCACCCAGCCUCGAAUAAGCUCCACCCCCUCCCACUCAAACUCAAAUAAGCGCCCACCCCAACGCAGCCCCCUUCCCCGUCCCACCCAAAAAAUAAUCAAGUGCACGAGAGUAGUAUUGCUAAUUAUUUAUUCAUUGGCUUACAAUCUCUAGAUUCAUUGUCUACGACAGUGUUGGAAUUUUCCACAAGUUUCAACUCCAAUUUCCAUAUGGGAGCAAAGUUCUUUCAGCUGCAAUAUCUCUUGCUCGACGUUACGAUGUUGGACAUCGAGGAGGCAGCACCAGGGAAUAGACCAUUUUACAGUUGUGGACUGAGUACCCUAGCCUUCGAGUGAAUGUGAGGCUGAAGGUGACCUGGUUUUGAUGCAAACCCCCUUUCCUUUGUUACGGAAAGUGUCCUUGAAAAAUACUAGUUAGAAUAGGAAUAACUCGAUUUACGUAAAAAAGUAGGAAGGUUUGUAUCGAAACAAGGUCAUCGUCAGCCUCGCUUCCAUAAGUAACUGUAAAAUGACCUCUUCACUUAUUGUCUUGAGUGACAAUGAGAUUGAAAUUGAAAUUGAAUAUUAUUUCUUCAUAGUAUUUUAGAGAAAACUUGCUUUGUUACAUCUUUCCGUUUUGUUAUUUCCAUUUAUUGUUUUGUUGCAAAGUAAACGUACUACACUUGCCGAAAAUGGUGAAAAUUUAUUAAGCGUCCGCCUCGAAUAAGCGCCCCGGGCGGUUAAUCGAAUAAAUACAGUAUAUAUAUGGGGAUCACUUUGUUAUGACUUUAAGUAUUUAUUGGUUUUUAAAUAGUAUUGCUUUUAUUAUAAGAAAGUUAAUUGCGUGACGAGAUAAAAACCACAAGACCUGUCACGGCCCUUUUUUGGGGGGUUUUAAGAUUUUUGAGACCUGAAAUGAUCGUAACAAUUUGCUACUCCACUAUUUCCUGGGCUGUGGGGAAGCCAUGAUUUGAGCUACGCUCGCAGGUUAUUUUAGAGCCGGGGGAGGAGUUGAGUAAUUCCUAGAUUAGCCUGUUCACAGACCCUCUAUUUUGUCUUCAGAGAUCGUCGCACGCGAAUGGAAAUAAUUUAAUUGGCAGUAUUUGCGAACGCGGAGGUGCUAUUAAAUGACAAGGCGUAGACAUACGGGAGGGACUUAAUAAACCUCUUGUUUUCCCAAAGAUGUCUACGGACGUUCCUUUCUUUAUUUUUCUCGCGUUUCGCGCUCGUUCUCGCGCUUCGCGCGCGCUGCCGAACUCAUGAAAAAAAGAAGAAAAAAAAAAACGAAAAGAAAAAUGUCUGUGGACAGGCUAUUCAGGUUUAAGAUGUAAAGAUCCAUUUACCUCGCCGUCUGCAAUUUUCGUUGUCAACACCGAAUUAGGGCAAGUGGUCGGUCAAAUAAACACCAUGCAUUCAGAAAGAUUCAUGGGCUUGCGCUAUUAUAGGUAUAGGUAUAGGUAGUGAUCGUUUAGGAGGAAGGAGCUAUCUAAAGUCUUAUGUAUGUCUUUUUAAAAACUGGAAGAGUUUUGUUGGUGUGUUCCAACUCAGAGGUCAAAAUUGGUCAUGAUGAUGGUGAUGGUGAUGAUGCUGAUGACGAUGAUGAUGUUGAUGGUGGUGAUAAUGAUAAUGACGCUGAGGAUGGUGCUUAUGAGGAUGAUGAUGAUGAGGGGAUGUCGAUCACGAUGACGAUAGUAAAUGAUGAUGAUAAUGAUGAUGAUGAGGUUUGUUGCUGGAGUCCGACCCAGAUGUCAAAAUAGAUGACAAUGACGAGGAUGACGAUGUUGAUGCUGAUAAUGAUGACAAGGAUGGUGAUGAUGAUGAUGACGAUGACGAUGAUGAUGGUGUUGACGAUGAUGAUGCUGAUAAUGAUGACAAUGAUGAUGACGAUGACGAUGACGAUGAUGAUGAUGAUGGUGUUGACGAUGCUGAUGCUGAUAAUGAUGACAAUGAUGAUGAC